GGGGGGGGGGGGGGGGGACCGCUUCCCAGCCACCAGUCCACCACCAUCUGCGCCUCUUAAUCACGAGGAGUGAUCGCGAUUAGCAGAGGCUAAGUGAGCAGGAGUAGCAGGCGGUAGGCGCAGCUCGUGUAACGCCGGCCCGUCUUGGCCUUUAUAACCUCGUCGUUCUCCGGACGCCAACACCGUUCGGGAUUAAUCCCCUCCGACGGCAGCAAAAGGGGAAGCGGCUGCAGAGUCACAGGAAGCAAGCAGAGGGCAGGUUGGACACAGCAGCAGGGAGGAGAGAGAAGGCUAUCGUCCAUGGAGAACCGCAACGAGGACCAAGGGGCGGUGGGUUGGAUGACGGUGCCGGCGUUCGGGGAGUGGGACGUCAAGAACGGCGCCGUGCCGGACUACUCCAUGGACUUCUCCAAGAUCCGCGAGAUGCGCAAGCAGAACAAGCGCGAGCUCUCCAGGGCCAGCCUCGGCGGUGACGAGGACCUCCAGAAGGCGCAGGCGCAAGUCCAGCCUGCCCCCGCCGCCGCGGCCGACGGCCACCGCCGGCCGCUCCACGACGAUUCCCCCACGGGAAGGAAGAAGUUCCUGAGCUAUUUCCAGUGCUGCAUCAGAGCCUAAAGAACUUCGAACCUUGCUGCCACUGUCACAGCACAUAACUUCUGCGCAAAUAGCUUCUAGGUUUCUUGUGUACUGUACUGUAAAGUUUGCAUAAUGUGUAAUCUCCUCCUGUUCUGUAAUCUUAUUGCUCAUGUCAGCUAGCGAGAGAAAGGACGAAUUGUGACAUCAGUUCAUGCUGUUUUUUUGCGACAGUUUGCAACUUUUAGUGCAAUGUGAUCUGAAGAGGAUUGGAUCUGAUGAUUUGGGUUUGGUUGGAGAAUAUUGUUUGCACCUAUGAUGAUAUAUUGGCUGCAUAUUAAAUGGUCCUUUCUAUUCAA